UCUUUAAGCACUCCCAAUUUUCACACGUGCUUUGUCUUCAUCUUUCUCUCUUGCCCGACUGUAAGAAAGAAAGAAAAGAAAAGAAAAAGAAAGAGAAAAGAAAAUCUUGUUUUCUGCAGAUUUUUUCGGGAAUCUGCAGGACGGUGAAAUCCUUCAUCAAUGGCCGCGGCCGCUUCUCUGGGGAACCCUGCUCUUACCAGAGUCACUUUACUUGGUCGUAUAAACAAAGAGCAGUUGUUGACUUCGCGCAGAGCUCAGAAGAUGACGCUCUGUCUGUGCGCCAUGGAUUCCAAAUCAGUAGGUGUUGGAGGUGAUGUAUUUUCUGUCACGUCGUCGGCCAAGUCCGGAGUUGAUUAUCUUGGACAGAGCACUAAAGGAGAUAUGAAUGUCAAACUCGAACAUCUUGAGGCUUUUGGCGUAGAUGGUGAAGAAACCUUAGAAGGUCCAAUCGAGGAAGUUGCGAGGUUGGAGGCACAUGAAGCGGAGGAUCUUCUUAGAGAUUUAGGAAUCCCGAGUCCUUCAUCAAGAAAUUCACCACAUGGUAUAUUUUGUAGCCGAACAUUGAAUCUUCGAUCAAUCAGUGCCAUUGGAUACGACAUGGACUACACUUUGAUGCAUUAUAAUGUCAUGGCUUGGGAGGGAAGAGCUUAUGACUACUGUAUGGAAAACUUAAGGAACAUGGGUUUCCCCGUCGAUGGACUUGCUUUUGACCCAGAUUUGGUUAUAAGAGGCCUUGUCAUAGACAAGGAGAGAGGUAACUUAGUAAAGGCUGAUCGUUUUGGUUAUAUAAAAAGAGCAAUGCAUGGAACAAAGAUGCUGUCUACUCGAGAUGUAAGUGAGAUUUAUGGGAGGGAAUUGGUGGAUCUGCGUAAGGAGAAUCGAUGGGAGUUCCUAAAUACACUAUUUUCUGUAUCAGAGGCUGUUGCUUAUAUGCAGAUGGUAGACAGAUUGGAUGAUGGAGCCAUAGGAGCAGCACUUGGUCCACUUGAUUAUAAAGGACUCUACAAGGCUGUUGGGAAAGCACUAUUCAGGGCACAUGUCGAGGGUCAGCUUAAGAGUGAGAUAAUGUCUAAUCCUGAAUUAUUUGUCGAGCCUGACCCUGUACUGCCAUUGACCCUAUUGGAUCAAAAAGAGGCUGGAAAAAAGCUUUUGCUUAUCACCAACUCGGAUUAUCAUUACACAGAUAAAAUGAUGCAGCAUUCUUUUAAUAGAUUCCUUCCAAAUGAUAUGGGAUGGCGAGAUCUAUUUGAUAUAGUAAUAGUCUCAGCAAGAAAGCCAGAAUUUUUCCAGAUGUCUCAUCCAUUGUACGAGGUGGUGACUGGCGAGGGUCUCAUGCGCCCAUGCUUCAAGGCUGUCGCAGGGGGCUUGUACUCUGGUGGCAGCGCACAAAUGGUUGAGAAUUCUUUAAACAUUCAUGGUGAUGAGAUAUUGUAUGUAGGUGAUCAUAUUUACACCGAUGUAAGCCAAUCUAAAUUACACUUGCGCUGGAGAACAGCAUUAAUUCUACGAGAAUUGGAAGAAGAGUAUAGUGCUUUGAUUCAUAGUCGUGGACAUCGAGCAUCUCUCAUUGAGCUUAUAAAUCAAAAGGAAGUCGUUGGGGAUCUAUUCAAUCAACUUCGGCUUGCUUUGCAAAGGCGUACUCAAGGUCGUCCUGCUCAAACCCUUGCAGCGACUAACUUGGAUGAUGAGGAACUCACUGAAAGCAUGCAAAAGCUGCUCAUAGUCAUGCAAAGAUUAGACCAGAAAAUUGCUCCAAUGCUAGAAGCCGAUGGAGAUCUAUUCAACAAAAGGUGGGGUUUUCUUUCCCGGGCAGGCCUAUGGGAUAAAAGCCAUUUGAUGAGACAAAUUGAGAAGUAUGCAGAUAUAUACACUUCGAGGGUUUCGAACUUCUUACACUACACGCCAUUCACGUAUUUCCGCUCGCAAGAACAGACAUUGGCUCAUGACUCGUAUUCAUUCUACUGUUCGCAUGAUGAAACCACUAUUGACAGAUAAGUCCAACCGAAGAAACUGAUAUAGCGUAUGACUAUCUCUAAAUAAGGUGAUGGAUAUAGUGGAAGGUUCAAUAAAAGAAAUGCAAAUAUUGUAUUGAUUAGUUCAGGUAUGUAAGGUGUGUUCGAGUUAGGUUAAGAUUCUCUUAAAGGACAUCAUUUUGCCUGCUGUAGAUUUGAAUAUUCUGGACUAAUCUCAAUUGUCUAAACUAAUUUCAAAAUGAUAAAUAAAUAGAUGGUCAUAUCAUUUGUGAA